UCGAGUGAAGAAAUGAAUAAAAACACAAUUUAAUUUGUGUCAAGUUUUAUUUUUGUGAACUUAAAACAAAAAUUCUUUAAAAAAAAGUUUAAAAAAAAAUAUACUUUUUGUUGGAAAAUUUGCCCCACUGUUAAAACACUCUUGUGCCACCAUUGUGAGCAUUUAAGGGAAUAAUAUUCAAAAUUUUUGGUAAUUUAUGACUAAAAUGAUUCCGCCGAUUCCUACAUCAGCUGUGAUGAUGCCAACACCAAAACAAAAAAUCGGAUUCAGCAUUGAAUCGAUUGUUGGCGGUAAUGAUGCCUCCUCCAAUCAUUCAUCGAACUCACCACCUCCGCCACAAACUAACACCGCCAUCACCCAUCAUCAGCUUUUGCACCAUCAACUGCACCAUCAUCCGUCGCUGCAUCAGCAUAUACUUCAGCAACAAACUUCGCCGAAAUUGGAGACGCGACAUGACAUUCAGGACAUUAUCAAUCGGUUGCAUAAUUCUGCCGCUGCUGCUGCCAUUCACAAUAACAAUAACAACAACAAUCAUAUCUUAAGUGGUUCGUACAGUCCGCCCCAGACUCGGCUUACACCGGAAGAGUCAAUAAUGCACCUGAAACGUGAACGAUCUCCCGGACCGAAUCAGCUGCCGCAUCCAAUCCGCCAUCAACCGCCUCACACACCACCGCGAUCAGCUUCGCCGCACUCCUCGCAUGCGUCACCCAUCAGUCAUCAGCAUCAAUCACCAAUGCCCCCACAACAGCAGCAGCAACAACAACAACAGCAAGCACCACCACCUCCACCAGCUUACAACAAAGGACCUAUAAUGGUGCCGGGAAUGCCGCCGACAGGUUUAGUUCGACCUUUCCCAAUGGGUCCGGCUCAACAUCCACAACAGCCGCCACAAAAUCAAAUGCCUGAUAUUAAAGCUCUGCCACCGUACAUCAAUGCCCCGCCGGAAAUGCAAGUUCCAUCACACAAUCCACACCUGUUGGCUGCCGCGCAAUUUCAAAUGGCUGCCGCUUUACAAGCCGGUCAUGUGUUGGGUCCAGCGGCAGCGGCCGCUGCAGCAGCCGGUUUGCCACCACAUUCACCAUUCUUGCCAAAUCACGGACAAAUGCCCCGCGAAAGUUAUCCCUUGUAUCCAUGGCUAUUGAGCAGACACGGAAGGAUUUUUCCACAUCGAUUUCCAGGAAAUUUCCUUUUACAACCAUUCCGUAAGCCAAAACGUAUUCGUACAGCAUUUUCACCAUCACAAUUGCUAAAAUUGGAACACGCCUUCGAGAGCAAUCAAUAUGUUGUGGGUGCCGAACGCAAGGCACUAGCCCAAUCGCUUAAUCUUUCCGAGACCCAAGUGAAAGUGUGGUUCCAGAAUCGGCGCACGAAACACAAACGCAUGCAACAAGAAGACGAAAAAGGUGGCGGUCAAGGUAAUUCGUCGUCGGACAAGAACUCCAACAAUAAUGGGGCCAGCUGUGAUGAGGAAGACGAUGAGCUAAUUGAUAUGGAGAUGGAUGAUUGUCCUAGUGAUGACGAAUUAGAUACAAGUCACUAGUUGUUGAAAGUGUGUCGUCUAUACCUUUUCAUCUCGUUAUCAGUUGAAAAAAAAAAAAAACAACAAAAACUAUUAAUAUUAAUUUAGCCCUGAAAAGUCUGUUGUAAA